UCCGAUUCUCCAGAAGCCUCCUAAGAACCACAACCUCACGCUUCUCCCUCUAUAAAGCUCUGCACCCUAACCACUUUCGAUUUUUUUCAAAACGCAACUGUCAUCGUGUCGUUCACCGAUAAGAUGUCGUAUUCAAGGAGAUCAAGGUAUUCUCGUUCUCCUUCUCCAUACAAGCGAUACAGUAGGUCUGUGUCCAGGUCUCUCUCAAGGACAAGCUCCAGAAGCCGUUCAAGGAGUUUAUCAAGAGAUGCAGAAAAUCCAGGAAACAAUUUGUAUGUGACAGGAUUGUCUCCUAGGAUCACCAAGAGAGAACUGGAGAAACAUUUUUCUGCUGAGGGAAAAGUGAUAGAUGUCCAUCUGGUAGUUGAUCCUUGGACAAGGGAAUCCCGUGGGUUUGGCUUUGUGACAAUGGAGACUCUUGAGGAGGCAGAUCGAUGUGUAAAGUAUCUGAAUCGCUCAGUACUUGAAGGGCGUGUCAUCACGGUGGAGAAGGCUAAAAGACGACGUGGUCGAACCCCAACACCAGGGAAGUAUCUAGGGCUGAGAACUAUUCGUGCUCAACGGCGUUCUCCAAGUGACUCUCCUCGUCGCUCCCCUAGCUAUUCUCCUUAUAGAAGAAGCUAUAGCCGGUCUCCCUAUUCUUCAGACCGAAGUAGGAGUCGUUCUUACUCUCCUGACUAUAGGAGGAGGAAGUCAAACUAUCCAUAUCACUCUAGGCGAAGGUCAUACUCUCCAUACUACAGCCGGUACAGGUCUUAUUCUCGAUAUGAUCGACACAGGUCAUAUUCUCGCUCUUGCUCUCCUUAUAGCAGGUCACCUGUCAGCAUCCGUGACAGAUCAUACUCUCCUUAUGACUCACGAUAUGACUCACCGGAUGAUCACUCCUACAGAAGGCACCAUUACAGAUCUGUUUCACGAGGUGCCUCGCCUGAUGAUCGCUAUUAUAGAAGGCACCAUUACAGGUCUGUUUCUCGAAGUGCCUCACCCAGGCCAAGGAGAAGGUCAAGGAGGAGCUACUCUCGGAGUGCCACUCCUGUUUCAAAGAGGAGCAACUCGCGAAGUGUGUCCCCCAGGUCAAGGAAGAGUCAUUCAAGAAGCUCCAAGAGGAGUGGCAAAUAUGAGAAACACUACUCAAGAAGCCCGAGUGUGAGUGCAAGUUCAAGAUCAGUAUCGAGGUCAAAUACUCCAAGGUCUACCUCUCCUUCAACUUGAAAUUUGUUGGUCCUAUAUGGCUUGACAUCAUAGGAUUAUAGUGGAUAAUAUUUUAGUGUGGUAUAUGCAGUUCUAGAUUGAGUUUUGGUUUGGAUCCGUUCAAGGCUUGUCUAAAAACCACCUGAUCCUAUUUCAUGUAGGAUUCAAAUUAUGUACUGUCAGUAUAGAUUAUCUAAUUUCGAACUUUCCCUUGGUUUAGUUCCAUUUUUAUUUUGCCAUUAUCUUCUUUUAGACUUUGUAUUUUCUGUGUUGUCUUUUCUGAUGUUCAGAUGAUAUGGUCUCCCUAAUGUUUACAUUUUUUAUAAAUAGAUGAUUGCCCGAUUACCCGGUA